AUGCCCACCGCCGCCGUCUGUCGCGACCUCUCGGCCUGCCAAGCCCAGGCCGCCUUGGCGGUCUGUGCAGGCCUCAGCGCGCCUCUCGUUUCCCUAGCUCCUGCAUAUGCGCCAGUUCACGCUACGACCAGCCCAUCUGACCCAAGCCUUGGCGUCUUCAGUCACCUGCACGGCGACGCGGCGUCGGGGACGGGCCUGGAUCAGCUCAGUGCGGCCCAGGACAUCCUCAGCAGUCCAGCUCUCCUGCCUGAAUGGCACGCCGCAACGGCCACCACAGCCGCCCAUGCAUCUCCGUCUUCUAAUUCCAAAAGAAACGCCCAGCGUGCCAUCCCUAAAGGAAAUGGGUCGUCCACAUCACAAUCUAUAUCGACGUCCGCUUCUGCGUCUCUUAACCGUAUCAGUGAGGUGGCGCUCAGCGUGUUGGUCAUGGCCGAGCUUGUACAGAUGCUGUCGGGUUCAGCCAGGCAGGCAAGUGGGGCCACCGGGUAUAUGCCUCGCGGAGGCGCCGAAGCGGUGCUAGGGCUAGGGCUGCGUAGGCCAGCCUCCCCCGGUGAUUACACCGCCGCGUUGGCAACAUCUCCACGGGGUCGUAGCCCCGCCAUGCUGACUGCUGAAGAGCUCCAUCAGGCGCUGGCCAGCUUCGACAUCACUCUUGAGGACGUGCGUCGGGCUGAAUCGGUGGGGGCCAUAUCACCAGAGCUGCUCAGGGGUUUCAGCCUGCGACCCACAUCGAGCACACCAAGCCCAAACCCCGCUGAUUCUCCUAGAAGCCCUGAUGCGAGGACAUCACGGCCGUCACCCGAGCUUGGGUCUCUCUAUUCAACUCCAGAGGCCCCAGCGCCUGGCCCCGUCGAAUCCCUGGUCAGGGCGUCCGUCAGUACUUCAUCCACAUUGGAUCCGGUGACUGCAAGGCCAGCUGCCGACACUGCGACGAGUUUGGAAGCGGGCAAAGGGGAUGUCUGGGAGCGCCUGGACCUCGGGCGUCCCGCGCCACAGGCGGCACAGCCGCCGCCGCAACAGCCUGAGUGGCCCUAUACGCCGGGGCAAGGCCCCUGGGCGCGAGUCACAGGCGCAUUGGAGGACGCUGCUGAGGUGGCGGCAAUAGCAGCCGGCGCCUUGGGGACUCACACGCGGCGGGCACUUGACGGAGUUCUGUACGGCGCCUUCGCCCGCCCUACACCGCGCGCUGCUCUAACAGAUGGUGGCGGUGGUGAGGGGUUUAGCGGAUCAGGAGCCGGAGGCAAUAGCAACGGUAAUGGGAGUGGCGGCGGGGCUGGGAAUGGCGGCCAUGGCGGGGGUAGCAGCGGAUCGAGUGGUGGCGGGGGAAACAAGGGCAGCAAUGGCGGCGAUGGCAGUGGUGGCGGUGCGGGUUGGUGGUGGAAUCCGCACCUUGCGCAUGUGCUACGUAUGCUGGCAGCCACGUGCUUGCUACUGCCACCCGACGGACAGCUCCGCUUGUUCAGCAACUUGUGUACCUCGCUGGAGCGAGUUGGAGGAGAUAGAGGCGCUACAGACGCGGCCCUUGAAGCUGGAGCCCCACGCGCUGGACGCAUGGAACGUAGGCGCUCCAGAGGGCUACGCGCAUCGCUUCGCCCGCUGCUUCGUCGCCGCUUGAAGGCUGUUCAGACGAACUAUACGGCGGCUGGCCAUGCACAGAGCGCCGAGCCGCUGUUUUUCCAACAGGAUGUCUUGGAGCAGCCAUCCAUGGACCGGGUUGCAAGGUCUGGAUGCCUGCUGCUCCAAAGUCCUAAGGUAAUUUUGGACAACAGCAGCAGCAGCAGCAACGACGACCCCAGUGCGCCGGCGUGGCCGUGCGUGCCCGACGGCCUGCUGAAGCAGCUUCCGCAAGCGACGGUGCCGGAGCUGACACCAUCGAACGCGCUGCUGGUGCGGCCGCAGCAACUGCCAGGGCAGGUGGCUACUGAGCACGAUGCAUGGCAGCAGGGCCAGCAGGGUGCGGAGCCGCAUGCAGGGAGUUCUGGAGCCGGCGACUCCAAGCACUCCGCUCCGGCCGCUGUGGAGUUGUUUGCCGGUGUUGUAGCGGCGUCUCUGGACCUCUGGACGCCGGCGACUGGCGUGGCCACGGCGGGCUCCUGCGCCAUGGCUAUGGCGGAAUCCGCUCGGGCGACGAACCAAGCGGAUGUGGCAUUUCCCCGGGUUGCGACGGAAGAGGAGACGGUAGCGACGGACAGCUUACUGCGAGAGUCUCCAGGGGGAGCGGGCGCCACGUGGACCCAGCCCACGUCCAGCUGGACCGAUGCGACCACAGACACAAUCCCAAGCAGGAGCUCAGCAGCCGCGGAUGACCCCAAGGGGGCGGACAAUGGCGCGCUAUGGAUGGCUGCGUACCCGCUGAAGCCCCGUCUCCUGCCGCAGCUGCAGCCACAGGCUACGCCAUGGCACCCGUGUGCUGACCCGUUGCAAGCAGCAGCUGGGCCACAGGUUGAGGAACCCCAGUCCCAGGCCACCGCGUUUCCGGGGCACGAUAAUCCUAGGUUAAGGCCUGAUGCGGCUAUGGACGGCGAGGACUCGACGCGGGACGAGGUUCCUUCUCCCUUCCGAGGCUGUAAGCCGCGCCCGCUGGUAUUCCAUCCCCGCCACCAUGGAUCCUCACGCCGCAAUGCUAUGGCAGCAACAGGGGCGACCAGAAGCGAGGGCGGCGAGCGUCCGAUCUCCCUGCGUCGGCUUCCGGCGCAAGAGCAGAGCUUGGCGCGGGCUGCGCCCCGCCCGCCCACGGUCACAUGUGGCGGCGCCACGCCAGAAGUGGCCCAAUCCUCAUCGUUUCUAGCAACUGCCUCGUCGGCGUGGCAAUUCAGGCCGUCACGAUCCACCUCUUCGUCCUCUGCAACGUCACAACGAACGCAGCACUCCCAGCUGUGCCAAGAGCAAGAACACGCGCAGUUGCGGCAGCAUCAGCAGCAGCAGCUAGGGCGCUCGACGCAGCAGGGAGUGUGGGGGGACGGACAGUUAUCGGGGGAGAGCAGCAUGCUGACACUGGUGCUGGAUUCUCGCAGGAGCACCUGCGAGAGCUUCGAUCUGCCUGCUGGCACCGUUGGCGCCAUGUCGCUGCUCCUCUCACAGUGCCAGGUCGCCGCUGGGGUACCGCCGCCGGGGUUUACGGUGCCGUUAUCCCCAGUUGCCGCUUUCCCUGUCGUCGACACCGCUGCCCCCGCCGCCGCGGCUUCAGUCCCAUUGGCUGCACUGGCUUGCGCGGCCGCCACAGCCACCUCCACAACGCCAUGUGCGUUGUUGUGCGACUGUGGCGACAACACCGAAAUACCCGACAAGUCUGCUGUGGGGUAUGGUGCUGCGGUUUCACUACGUGCCACCGUUUUGCCCCUCGCCGACAGCUCACAGGAUGGUUUAAAGUUGGCCGAGCCAGCGGAGGUAGAGGCGGCGGCCAAGCCGCAUCCCGACCUGAAGCGCCGUCGGCAUGAACGGCCGCCGGUGCUGAGCCCGUGCAGACAUGACAUCUGCCGCGACCAGGUCCUUUCCCCUCACGCCUCGUCCUCGGGCGGCGCUGCCGCCGCUGUUGCUCCAGCCGCAGCACCGGGCCCUUGCGGCGCAAUCACGAGCACCUUGGCCAAAACCCCCGCUACUGCAAAAACCGGAGACUCUGCACGCGCCAUCGCGGUGGCGGGCUACGUGCCAAGCAGGCUAGCAGCGGCAGUAGCGACAGGAAUAACAGCACCGGCAGGCGUGGACGGAGGUUCGUUUUCAUAUGGCAUUGUUAGGGACAACGGCCAUGAUGGUGGCGCCAGUGCAGCCUCCAGCCGGCAGAGCCCCAGCUCAGACCUCCCAGCUGACGAGUUGCACCUACCGGAUGUGUUGGAUCUUGCGGAGCUCUACCGAAGGAGCACCAGGGGUGGCGCAUUGUUGGGGCCCCCGCCGUCAACCUGCACUAUCACAGGCGCCACUGUGUUGGCUGGAGCCGCCGAUGCCUUUGUCGCGCUGGAGGCUCAAGCAUGGGAAGCAAGCGCCCAUGCGUCUGCCGCCGCUGCUGGUGUAGCGGAUGGCAACGUUGCCCCUGCUUGUCCUCAUAUUGCUGGUGUUGUCAGCCCGGUUGCACUGCGAGUCCCAGUCGCGGGUGCUGCUGCUACGGCAUGCCCUGUCAGGUCAGAGUGCCCGGAUGUGGCAACCUGCCUAGGGGUAUUCACUAGCCCAGCCGUGACCGCUGGCGGGGUAUGGCCGGUUUCACGGACCAGCAUGGACGCAGCUUCUGCGGUGAACCCCACCAGCCUGGCACCUGCCAGGCUAACUGAUCCGGCACGGGGAAGCCCAACUAGUCCAGCACCUGCCAGCCCAAUCAGCCCGGUACGGGCCUGCAUAACCAGCCAAGCACCUGACAGCCCAACCAGUCCAAGCACGGCGUACCUGCCUCCUGGGAACCUCGGAGAAGUCAGCCCCGUAUCAACCGCUAACACUCAUUUUGAAGUAGCCGCCACUGUCGCUACUACUAACAAGACCGAUGCGGCGGCGGCCGAGGCCCCGAACUGCGUCAUGGCGGUGGAUAUGGACAACUUGCCGGAGGCACACAUUCCUGACCCGGGGGAUCCCUUUCCAUGCCCACUAACUGAAGCUGGGGUCAGUCAGGCGGGCCCUAUGGCAGCAGUAGUGUGCACUCCCCUGGAGGAUUCUUUCACUUCUGGUCUCAGCCUUAUCAGCCAUACCAUAAAGUCCCAUGCAGAAGAGUGUGAGCCGGCGGCUGACAGUGCCCUCGCACUGGCUGCCGCCCUCGCCGCGCACUCCCCGCCAGGCCCCACCGACGCUUCAUUCUUGUCGAUGCAAAGGUCGCCCGCGUCUGGUACCGGGCCUGCGGGCAGCGACGGCAUGGCGCAGGACCCGGGUAACGACGAGAUACAGAGCGGGGGUGGUGGCGUGGAGCCUUCCCAGCUGCAGCUGCAGCAAGCGACAGAGGACAGUCUGGAUGGUUUGCCUGGCGUAACGGACAGCAGCCCGCUGCCGUCGCCGCUCCACUGCCAGUCCACAACAGUCAUCUGCCGCGACCUGUGGGCCAGCCCUUUCCACUGCGACGUCACGGUGACAACCAGCCAGCCGCAGGGUCCACGAGCCCACGGCAUCGACGGAGCAGGGGACGGUCAGCGUAGCGCCGUCAGGGUUGCUCACUCUGUGGGCGACCCCAGCCCAGAGCCGUUGCUCGGCAGCUACCGUAGCGUUCCGCAGCCUGCAGACCCCGGCACGAUUCCAGAGCCUGACGUGGGCUCUGCACGGCAACCAGCCGACAUGGAGAGCCAGUCAGCUGCUGCUGCCUCUAAAGAUGGGGCCCUGGAGGAGGCGAUGUCGGGUCUACCUGUCAUGGAAGCAUCCAGUGCGGGGAGUAGCAGCUCGAACUUGGCACAACCUAAUACUGCCGUCAUUGUGCAAAUGCCCGAGGGUGCGGCCAUGUCCCGCGUCGCCGUCCAUAUCCCUUGCGCGGCCGUCCAUCCGCCAAGCGAGGCAUCAUGGAUAGAGGCUAAAGAUGUACCGUCCUUAGGCCGGCCUUGCGAUGCUACCACCGCCUCUGCGCUCCAGCUGGUUGAUGCCGAAGAACCUGCAGCCACGCAUCGGCGCGGCACUUGGCCGUCCUACGUGCCCACGACAGCGUCCUUCACCGCUGGGAGUCUCUGUGCAGCAGAAGCCACAGAGGCAGGUGCAACCGUGGCUUCAACUUUCACAGCAGGGAUUGCGGCUAUGGCGGUGGCGGAGAGACCUGCAAGCACUGCAGUCUGGGGCCACGGGGUCCUAACGCGCGCGUGGUCGUGUGAUGUCGAUGCAGGGCCCGCGCCGCUGGGCCUUGGCGGUAGGGGGCUCUCGACACGCAGGCGGCCUCUGCAGCACUUCAGUUCUCUUCAAGGUCUGCAGACGUCCAGCUGCUUGCGGCGUGGUGGAUCCUCCAGCGUCAGCGGGCAGGCGCUCGGCUCCGAGGCCCCCCAGCUGCAACUACGGCAGCACCAUCCCUCGUCCCCAGCGGCAUGCGACGCCUUGGACGAAGUGCUCAGCCAGCUGCCCCGGCUGGGUAUGGCCUUUGAGCCCGGAUCCGGGCAGGCAGCGACCGUCGCUGUUGAGCCAGCGGCAGUUGGCCCGCGUGCCGUAGGCAAGGGGGGCCCCUGGUCACCCACCCGGGUCGCGGCCGCGGGCACCCUUGCCACGGUACCCGCGCUAGCAGCGACAAUCUGGGCACGGCUCGCAUCGCCGGCGGCAUCCGCCGCUGGUGGGAUCUCAACUGCAGUUCCAGGAUCGGCAGCAGCGUCGGUGUCGUCCGCUGUAGCUCGCCGCGCCACGUUGGGCGGCGGCAGUACCCCCGGCGGCGGGGAGGCGCAAGGGAUUUGGCUGAGGACCGGCACCGCGCUGACCGCAACUGCAGCAGUCGCGCUGGUCGUCCUGCCGAUCGCGGUGACGGCAUUCUUUUCCAGUGGCCACUCAGCCGCUCCCGCUUCCCCACCUCGCCCGCCGCCUCCUCCAACUGACUCUGCGACGGCGAUGAUCCUCUUGUCCCACCCACAUCAUGUGUCUUCGAGUGAAUCCGACCCUAACACUGAUGGUGAUGUCGACGGCGAUAUCUUCUCCGGCGAUGUUGCCCUGAGCCCGCAGGCGCACGCAGAAUCCGCAAUCAGGAUGCCGCAGCGCGUCUCCCAGGUGCUCGCCGCGGCUUCGGCAAUGGCCGCUGGUGCGCGCGGCGCCGCCUGGCGCCAUUUGCGUACCGCCCAUCGUAACCUCUGGAGUGACCCCGGCGACUGCCCGACACUGCCCGCUAGCGGCCGACCCUCGCUGCAGCUGUUGUCGCGUCCGCCAGGAAGCCUCACCCAGUUCAGCCUCGCAGACCUGCUGCACGAUCAGGCGCCCGGCGAGUCUCUUCUCAUGGAGCGUCUCGGCAGUCCGUUCGCGGGGGAACAUCACUCACAGUUGCGGCUAGAAGACGACCUAGCGACAGCAGCCAUGAUGCUAGUGGACUACCGACCGCUGCACGCCGUGCCCGCAGAGGGCCCGGCUGCUGCUGUCACCACUCCCGCUGCCGACAGCAGCAGCAAUAUUGAUACCGACCAGUCCGCCACACGGCUGCUAUUGCAAGCGGAACCUCAUAAGUUUUUGCAUGAUGCGGACCCAGGCUUGCAGCAACUGCCAGUGCUUUUAACAUGUGCGUCACCUGUGGAUGCGGCGCCCUUACCCUCGUGCGAGGCCGCGAUUCCUGCAUCGGUGCCCGCAGCGUUCGGGGCUGCUGUAGGCAUGAGCGGUGGGGCAGUGGCGCCGAUGCCUCACAGCUGUCUCAGCGUGGAUGGGUCGCCUGCAGCGGUGACACUGACCGCGGGAAGUUUGCCGCCGCUUUCAGAGCGGCGUGGCGACGGGACGGACAAGCAUAGUGUAGUGGGCUCUGCUCCGGAACCAGAGGCUGAAAUAGAUGAGGGCCAGCCAUGCAGCUCGGGCUGGCUUGAAAGGAUGCUCAAAGGGGCCGGUAUUGGCCAAGGUCAGGUCCCAGCCAGUGCUGAUGUGACGUCAAUCGCUGGUGGCGGCAGGGAGGUCUUCAGCAGUAGCAGCAGCCCCUCUGAGGUUGCGCUGCGCUCUCUCGGGGUGCGCAUGUCGCGCGGGACUCGGUCAGCUGGUGGAGCGGCGCCUAUUGGCGGCAGCCUCACAGCAGCAGCGGCUGCGUUGUCAGCAGCAUCACCGACGGCGAUGGCGUCAGGAACACCUCGUAAAGCUAUGGUUGCAGUGGCAGCACCAGCCCCGUCAACCACAGGCUUGGCAGAGGUCCUUCACGAGCCGCCCAGUGACAUCCUGCGGCUUAUCACCAGCCCGCGCGCAGCUUGGAGUCAAGAGUGCCUUGCACCGGCCCAUGCGCACUCCUUCUCAGUCGAGUACGCGCGCGGCUCCCCGCCGCCAUCACCUGCUAAACGAAAUGGCACCGUCGCUGCCGCCAACGACACCACUACUGCCGGCCCUUUCACCGCUAUCAAUUCGGCGGAGAUCGCUGUCGGCAGCCCGUUAUCGCCUAGCGUCGUAGAUUUGGAGGAGCCUGUUGUGACAUCGCCGGAAGAGUGGAUUUUGCCAACUCGUGCUGUCCCUGGCAGCGACGGUUGCGACGACGUCGCUGCUGCGCCAUCAGCCGGAGGUUUGUCCAUUGAGUUCCUUCACAUCCAGCGUGGCGGCUACGAUGCAGAUUUCCUGGAACCAACACCUCGCCUUCACGUUGUUCCUUCCCUAGUUAGCGGCGUCAUUGCCUGCCCACCUGCCCGGCAGGAGGCGCCUCCGGUGUCUCCACGACAUCUUGGCGACAUCAGCGACACCCUUGCCGACGGCCAAGAGGUUACCAUGGAGAGUUGUGGCAGUGAGCGGCUACAAGUGACAGCUGAAGCUGCAAUGUCUGAUUGUCAUCCUGAUGCCACCCCUGUGGUGCUGCCUGUGGCCGUCAUUGGGUCCGCCGGGUUCGCACCCUCUGCCGCCCCCGCCACCGUUUCCGACCCGUUCACCGCAGAGAUCUUGGCGGGUACACAGAACGAUCGGUCCGAUCACUGUCCCGGCGAUGUUGGUCAGCCAGUGGAACUGAAACUCGCCCAGAUGGACCACGAUGGAGACGCGGCAGGAGGGUCCUCAACUUUGGAGCAGGUGGCUGUCCUGGACAGCACUCCUGAUGCGGACCCGGCAGUCCCCGGGGUAGCGUGCUCACCCUCGCCAGAAGCUGCCGUUCCGUUGGGUAUCAUAAGCGGGCCGGCCAAGGCUGCACAUGUGGACGCCGUCGCAAUGAUUGAUGUAGUGCCAGGUGACUUGGCUAUCCCGUUCGGUUCGUCGGACGUCGGAGACGCGGUUGCCGCUGCAUCCAUGAAGUCGGGCAGCAUCGUAGGAGCUGUACAAGGCGCCGGCAUUCCAGAUUCCGUUGCAGCAGAAGCAGCAGCCGCGACACGGGAGGUAUUGGAAGAGGUUGAGGAAGCCAUCGAAUGGGUCAUCGAGACAGCUCUAGGAGGAGUUGUGGAGGGAGCUGAAGUCCUGGAUACGCUUGUUGUCGCAGCUGAUGACCCGCCCGCCAAUGUUGUCCAGUGCGCCGCGUCGGCCGCCACGGCUGACAUGAGAGACACCUCCGGAGCUCAGGACGCAGCCGCAGCCCUGAUCAAGUCCACGGAUGACGUCCUAGAGAAUGAGACCUCCGCCGCUGCAACUAAGGAGAGCCCUACUGAUGCAGGAACGGCAGCAGUAGCAGCAGCAGCAGCGGUCGAUGAUGAAACCGGCGCCACCACAGCAAUCGCAGAGGCCAGGCCCGACACAUCCGGCAGCACCACAAUUCGGGUUAUUUCCGCUGUUGACGCAGACAGCCAUGCAACGUCCGCAUCCGCAGUAACAGCCACCCCGCUGGCCAAGUCAGCUGCCGCGGCGCAGGCCAUGACAACUGCCGUCACCGUGCAGGAUAACCCCCUUUAUCUGUCACCUCAGUCAGAGCCCACCUCACCACAGGAUGAUGAUGGUGCAGCUGCUGCUGCCGCGGGCACAGGCGCGGCCCCUGAGGCGCCUAGCUUUGCAGUUCGCAACGAGCUGUUCGAGGCAACCCGGGUCAAGUCCCCUGAGUCAACAGUGCCAGCAGAAACAGCUGCGACAGUGCAGAAGGUCGCGGAUGUCGAUGUUGCUGCCGUCACAAUAGGCAAGAUGGAGCCAGGAUGUGUGGAGGCGCUGGCUGCUGAUGCGGACGCCGGUGCAGAUCGCGACCGAGAAUCCUCCGGGGACAGGGACAUUGCCAGGCUGUCGUCUGACCCAGCAGCUGCCGAGACUGCGCAGGUAGUGCCAGAGGGCCCCGUUGAGCAUGUGGCCCCGUUGGUUACAUGUAGCCCGAGCAAAAUGACGCCUUAUGCUUCUCUGAAGGCAGAGGCUGUCGACCCCACAGCACCUGCAUCCGCUGCGCUGACACAAGCCGCCGCACACAAGGUUCAUGAUCAGGCGCCCAGCCCUGGCAUACCCGGCCAAACGGAGAACGGUUUUGGACCGUCCAAUAGGAGCAGCGCCUGCGGCAGUGGGGCACCCAUGGAGGACGCCGUCCAUGCGCAGAUUGAAAAUGAGGCCAUCGUCGACGGGCUCGGCCCUGGAGGGCCCUGCACUGGCCAACAAGCCGGUAUUGUGGAGGUCCCCCGCAUCGCAGCACCCGCCCGCGCAGCUGCUGGCUGUACCCAGGCUUCUAUACUUUUGAAAUCCGCUAGUGUCUCCUCCGCGGCGUUGUUGGCCACGACCGCCAUCGCGUGCGGUGUCGAAUUGGGUGACACCCUCAGUGUACCUGCGGCUGCUGAGGUAUUAUCCGCUGCCAAACCGGAGCCAGCACAAACCACAGGUGACACAGAGCGACCAUCAGGCAUAGCGGAGGGGGGCUGGACAACCGGCCCUAGAGCUGGCGCCAAAUUAGGACCGCCUGGCGUACUGGCGGCAGCACAGUACAACUCCGUGUGUGCAAGCUAUGCUGAGCCCUGCCGCUCUUCACCGCACGAGUCCGAAGGUCCAAAGGCCGAAGGCGUAUGUGCCGAAGGCCCGGGUUCCGCAGACGUGCCUGCUGAAGGCGCCCAAAUCGCCAGGAAAUCCAGCGCAGCCGCAACGGCACCAGAUGCAGUUGGUCUCACCAAUCGCUUAUCCGCCUCGGCAGAUGGAACCAACAGCGGCAGCCUGUGCACCAGCCAGCCUGCCGAUGCCGAUGUCGAUGCUAGUUUAUCGUGUGCGCCAACAGCGCACGAGCAGGCGCUGCUAGCCUUGGCCUCUACAGCCGCCGCUGCGGUGCAGACACCGUUGCUGACUAACGACGCUGAUUCUGGUGCCGACGCUGAUCUGCAUGCCAGCGGUAAUCUUGCCGUAAUGGAUGGUCGCUGCACUGGCGAGGCAAAGAAGUACGAGGCGCUGAAUGAGGAGGAAAACGCGGUUCGUCGUGACACCGCUGGAUUUGAUGACGCGGAUCCGGAUACGGACCUAGACACCAAUACGGUCGUUGAUUCCGGCUCUGAUGAUGACGGGGAGCUGUAUGUCGCCGAGUCAACGCCAUUGCGGUCGCUUACCGACGGGUCUGUAUUGAUGGUGGCGGCUGGCAGUGCACCGCCGGACUGGGCCGCAAGGGCGGAGGUAUUCUUGCUGCUCACGCCCGAGCAGGAGGCUCGCGGUGACACGCAGGAAGGCGGAGGGGACUGGGAACACGACGCGGCGGGAGAUGGGGUUGCAACCGAUACGGAGGAUGAAGGUGAUGAAGAGGAGGAGGACGACAUGGACGAUGACGAGCCAGGAGACGACGGCGGCGACGGCCGUUCUGGCCUCACCACGGCGCAGCAGGGGCCGGCAUAUGUGGAGUUGCCGCAAAAGCGCUGUGUUGAGUCGGCUUCAUGGGCCCAGACUGCGGGUCUUCCGGACGCAUUCCCUACGGCCAGUGUGGAAGGCUCUAACCUGCAGGCGGAAAACCUAGCACGGUCUGAUCCGUCCCGCCACCUCGGUCCUCAAGGGAGUGCUGCGACCACUGCUGCGACCACUGUGGCGGCAGUGGCCGCGGUGGCCAUUCAGGGCAUCGCCGCCACCGCCGCCGCUGCCAAGCCGCUUUCCAGGAUCCCCAAACCUCCAGACAACUCGGGGAUUGCGAGCCGCACAUCUCGAGCUCACUCCCACCUACCCUCUGCCCCAACAUCUCUAGCCAACCCUCCAUCGAUCUCCCGCGUCCUUUUGUUUGACUUUGAGGCUUCCGGGCAAGGACAGGCCGCCACCUCCAACCCAGCAACAGGCCCCCGCAGCGGCGGUGCCGUUAGGCGUGACUCGCCCUAUGGCUUCCUACCGCUAUCAGCCACGCGAGGGCAAACCUCGUCGCGGCAGCAUGGCCCCAUUUCCAGCCGCGUCAGCUUCGCCGGGUCCACAGCGUCCUCGGUGGCCUCCCUGGGCAGUGGAUCAACCAGCAGCCGCUUGAGCGCCGUGUCAGCAUCCGCGCAGUCCAAGGCCGGGAGGACGGGAACCUUCAGCAGCGGCGCCUCGGGGUCUGCCGCGGCAGGGCUUGGCGCCAGUACCGGGAUUCACACCGAAGCCAGCGGCGCUGCUGCCCGGGGGACCGGCUUGCGGCCGCCAAUCGCACCAUCAAUAGGUCGAAUUGCCGGUGCUGGAAGCGGUGUAAGCAGCAAUGGUGCAGCAGCCAGCAGCACGAUCAGUACCACUAUCAACGACGCUGUCCCUGUGGCUGGCACAACGCGAGCCAAGGCGCUGGCGCGCAACUUUGAGCAGCGCACCACAGUGGUGGCAGCGCCACCGCCGCUACCGCCGGGCCGUGCCAUGACCAGCGCUGCAGUCGCCAUGCGCUCUCGCGCUGGCUCCGCCGCAGCUGCAGUCCUGACAGCCUCCCAGUCGGCACCCGCAGGCAACAAGGCUGUAUCCAUGCCGUCGCCAGAGGCCCAGGCGCAGACGGGUAAGACAGCAACACUGCGGACUCCAAUGCUGUGGCCCGGUUCGGCGCCCAUUCAGGCAAAGCAAGGGCCAGCACCGUCAUCAGGGCCACAGCCAGCGGCGCCGGCGGCGUCCGCAAUGUCCGCCACGCCAGCGGCAGCGGCAGCGACUGCUUCCAAGCAAGGACCAGGUGCAUCAGCCGGGGUCCGCAUGUCGGCGGUUAGUCCCGUGUUCCGGAGGGUGAUGCGCAACAGUAAUACUGGUGAAGACAGCGGCAGCGGGGAUGAGGGUUUCGGCUCUCCGCACCUGCCGCCACCACCACACUCGGCUCGUGAGGGGACGAGCGCCAGCGCCUUCGGUGCCGGCCGCUUGAUGAGGGGCACCUCACGCGCAUCCGCGACCCAUGUACCUGCCAGAGGCGAAGCUGAGAAUCACAGUACCGCUGCUGCCUCCGUCUCAGCGCCGCCAUCCGUUCGCACCAGCUGGACUGCUGCGCUUAGGAACGCGGCGCCGCCGUCACCGCUGUCAGUGGUGAAGCCAGCGUCUGAGGCCGCUGCAGUCCCCACAGGAAAAUCGGCGGCAUCUGUAAGGGUCCCGGAAACGGCAGCCCCUGAGGCAGCUGAUCUUGCGCCUGCAGAUGCCUCUGCACAUGAGGCUGAGUUGGAGGCCGCGUCUCCUGAGAGCGACACGCAGUCCGGUUCUGUGGAGCAGCUAGGAUCGGCGCGAAGCUCUCGGGGGUGCCCCCCAUGCUACCGCCCCGCCGCGCACUUCGUUCCCCGUACGGUUGCCUGCACUGCCGCGGCAGCGGGUGCCGCAGCCGCGGGUGCCGCAGCCGCUGCUGUGCCCGCCCUCCAAUACCAGCCCUCCGCAGCCACGAAGCGAAACCCGGAUGGCGUCGUCGCGCGUGUGGCAGCGGAGCUGGAGCGCCGGGUGUCAGAGCGGCACCUGCCGUCCCUUCCGCCGUCGUCUUUGCCGCGAGACUCCUUGAACUCGCCUCUCUCCUCCAUCGGCAGCGGCGGCGACUCUUCUCAGGUGACGGCGGCAGCCGGUACCCCCCUGCAUUCAAGCCAAUCCCGGCGGGUCCAGGACCUCAUCCGCUCACACGAUGUAGCGGCAGCCGCGAGCUCAGGGCCGCAGCCCCGCCUAUCACGUGUCAGCUUCUACGCUGAUACCGUUACAGGCGGCGCCAGCGAUGAGUCACCGCCCGAGUGCACCACUUCCACGCCUGGGCGCUGCGAUUCCACUGUUGACUCCGAAGAGGCCGCCCGUCUGCAGUCACCGGCGUCGGCAUCUGCAGCGGCAGGGGGCCCUGAACAACAGCCAGGAAAGCAGCUGCCACAGAAGCAGCUGCAAAGUCGACCGCGCCAUUGGACGCUGUCUGAGGAGGAGGAAGAGGAAGGGAGUCCGUCCACGCUGCCGCCGGUGAUGCAGCCUAUGGCAGGGACGCCGUGGGCGUCGCCGCCGCAGUGCCCGCAGCUGCCUUGCGCUGAAACGCCAGAGUCCCUCCCCGACUCGCUUCGGGAGCACCGAGGAGACCCUCAGGCGCCCUCUCCAUUGGUGGGCUUUGAAGCGGCGGAGUCGCCGUUGCCUCAGCCACGGCCAGUGACAGUGAUUUCGGAGCCAUCCGCGGAGGUGCCGGUGGCAUCUAGUUGCUCUGGCGCGCCACUGCCAACAGCGCAGGAGGCUGCUGGCCAGCACCAGGGAGGCAAGGAGGUUGGAAAGGACGCGGUAGCGCAGCAGCUGCAGCCGCCUCCCACCUCAUCGCGGGCGCUCGUCGAGAUGGAUGGGGCCCCGCAGGCUGGGCAGCAUGAAGCAGCGCUGCCCGCGCCGGUCAGGGAGCGGCCGGGUCAGGUAGGGCAACCGGCAGGGUUGGAACACAAAUCAGCAGAUGGGGGAGCUGAUACAGCAGGCAGCAAGCCCGAUGCAGUCGAAAGGGAGGGAGAUCUGGUUCUGGAGCUGCGGAGCGAGGAAGUAGCUGCAGUGACGGUGGUUGGGGAUGAGGCAUUGGCAGGAAUGGCGCACUCAGUGUGCCCAGCUGAUGAGAAGGGUAGCGAGCCAACUUUGGCACAGCCAGGCAUUGGGGAGGAGGAGGAGCAGAGCGAGGCUUCCUCGAGUAUUGGUGGUGCGGACUGGGAUCAGCUUAGCGAGGGUCAAGAGGAGGAGGAAGAAGAUGAGGAGGUUGAGGAGCUGGGCGCUGCGGAGGAUGUAGAUGUCUUAGGGCGCGGUGAGAUAGGAGAGGGCGCUGGCGACGGCGGUAGUGGCGGUGGUGGAAAGAACGCGGUAGCAAGCAACGCAAGUUGCGGGCGCAGAGGCGGAAGCGUGGGAUCUGCCACGGCCGCCGUUGCAGAUGAAGCUGCAGGUGCCUCCUCCGCUUCCCGCGGGUUAUGUGAAGGGACGUGCGGUGAGAUUGCGGGGUUGCUGGGUGCGAAUGAGGAUGACAAUGCGGGUGUGGAGGAUGGGGGCGCGGCGGUUAACGAUGACGAUGAAGCUGGCGACGACGAUGAUGAUGGCGACUACAGUGACGAUGACGAUGGUGAUGACGAAGACGUGGAUGUUGCUGCGCUGUCGGAGGCGCUGAGCCGCGGCAGGCUCGGUCAGGCCAGGACCUCCCAGUCGCUGCAUGGAAUAGACUUCACCGCUGUCACAGCCGCUGCUGGUGCUGUCGCCCGGCAGCUUUCCUCUCUGGGAGCAGAUUGCCCAAGCGCAGGUCAACCACGGGCUGGCACCGCGGGGCUAACAGGUUCCAGGGGUUCCACCACCGCUGCCUUCACCCGCUACCGAGAAAUCUCCUCGGCACGAGCGGCAGCCACGGCAACGGCGGCCCGCGCCGCGGUCAGUGGCACCGUUGAGGCCUUGCCUCCGUCCUCCUCCAAGCUCAAAGGCCUAUCUAAGGCGAUCAGGACGCUACUCAAGGGUGGCAAGAAGGGGAAGAAAGACAAGCAGCGUCAGCACGGCGGCGCCUCAUCGGUGGGCGACGGUGCCAGCAGUGCUUAUUCCUGUUAUGACGGUGCCAGCACAUUUACGGGGAUCUCGGAGGCGCUAUCCGCGCUGGAGGGCCUGGCGGCGCUUGAUGGAUUCAGCAUCGCUGCCACCAGUGACACUGGCGUGUCGCACGGGAGUGUGGCCACCGCACCGCCGGGCGGUGGCGGCAACGCUGCCAGUCUGGAGCGCAGGCGGCGGAAGAGCUUAUGGAAGCGCAUGAAACGGAAGUUGGGAAAGCUGAUGGGCCUUAUCCCGCGGUCGUGGGAGGCGGCGGAGCGGCAUCAGGCCGCAGCGGUGGCUCUGGAGGCAGCACUGGUGGAGGCGCGGAGUUUGACAGCCUUCGUCGGACGCAACGCUGCGCGCGCGGCCCAUGACCGUGAAGAGACCGCACUCCACGUCAGAAGUUACUAUCCUGCGGAAGGAUCUAAGCCGGAAAAUGUUCUUAUUACCGAGAUGUGCAACGCGCUUGGCGGCAUCCUGGCGCGGAGUUGCAGGCCGGACCAGCUCUUCCUGUGGCUGGAACCGCACGAUAUGGACGUCCAUGUACGCGGCAUGGCAGCGCUCGGCCUCUUCACCGCCUUGUCCGUUGAAAGCGUCACACAGCUGGCGGUGCAGCACUUCGACCUGGCCGCGCCAGCUGCGGCUGCGGCGGUGGCGGCCGCCGCACCGAGGCUAGCAGCGCUGCGCCUCGCUGGCUGCGCCCACCUGGAUUCCUUGCCAUCCGUAAUCACCUCCACCCACGUCACGCUGCGCCGACUUUCCUUGGAGGGGUGCGGCACCUGGCCUGAGCAGCUGGGGAAGGCUCUGGCGGCAUGUGCCGACUUGGAGCACCUCACGGUAAUGCUGCUGCCCAACGGCGGCGGCGACGGCAGCGGUGACGCUGCAGCGGUCCCACCCAUGAUACCAGUUUGCGAGGCGCUCACUCGCCUCACACAACUCCGAUCACUUUGUCUGGAGCUGCGGCUGCCUGCCUUCGAAGCCAAUGCUGACGGGUCAUAUGAUUUUGUGCCGUACGGUGAGAGUACGGUAGCCGCAGCCGCUGCACUGGCGCGAGGGUUUACCGCCCUGACGCGUCUGAGUCGUCUGGAGGUGGGCGACGGCGGGACGCAGCCGCAUCCAUCCUGGCGGCUGGAGCUACUCCACAACCUGGCGGGACUGCCGCGGCUGGAAGAGCUGACGUGGCGGCGGCUAGAGUGUGACCCCGAGGCCACUUUCGCACUGGCGUCGUCGUCAUCCCUCACUUCGUUGAGCGUGGAGAAGUUCCGUACUGUGGCGCCGCUGGCAGCCGUUGCGCUGGCGGCCGCCGCCUGCGCGACAGCGGAGGUGCAGGCGGAGAUGGCGACGCCUGCUGCGACCGCUACCGCCGCCGCGUCAGCUAAGCCGGGUGAACUGCCUUCGCCACGCGAGCUGGCGGCUGCCGCGGUUGCCGCGGUGGCGGCGGCAGCCAGCGCCGCAGAAGCAGGGCCUCCGAGGGUGGGAAGGCGCGCCGGCCCCGCUAACACCUCCCAACAGCAACAGCAACAGCUGAAGCUGCUACUGCUGCCUCUGCCACCACGGCUAUGCAACCUGCGUGUGCGCUACAGCGGGCUGUCCGGUAUGUCGCUGGCGGCCCUGGCGGCCCUGCAACUGCCCCCGUCCCUGACGUCCUUGGAGCUCCGAAACCCCAAGUUAGAGAUUGGCGACGGCGACGUCGACCAGCCCGCCGCGGCCAGGCUGCUUCCGGAGGCGGCACUGGCGCUGGGCAUGGGCCUCACUAAGCUCGCCGUCCAUUGUCCGGAUUUGCAGGUUUUAAGGAUAAUCAACGAGACGAGGCAACGCAACGCGCUUGCAGGUCCCGUGGGUUGGGCGGAAGCUGCUGGUGGCGGCGGCGGCCCAGCUGGCGGCGGCCACGCGCCGUGGUUGUCUAACCUGGGUAGGCUGCGGCAGCUUCGGCGGUUGAACUUGUGCGGGCUGAAGCUGGGCCGGAUAGACGCGGAGGCGUUGGCUCGGCAUGCAACAGCUCUGGAGGUGCCCAUUGAGUUCAUGACCCUGCGCUGCCUGAGGCGGUUGGGCGGACCUGGGACUGGAAUGCCGACACCUGCACAGUACGACCAGUCGGCUCUGGGGGUGUCGCUGCGCUGGCUGCACGAUGAAGGCAGUCCUGGUGACUGUUGGCGGGAGGCCAAUGCGCCGGGCGUAGCUGUGUUUGCGUGUAGUGAGAGUCUUCGACGGCUGCUAGGGUCGCCGCAGUUCUUGAGUCAGGCCGCUGAGAGUCAGAGCAGGCACAGCAGCAGCUGA